AUGGUCAACCGAUUCUCCAUCGUCACCUUGGUGUUUUUCUUCCUAUCGACGGUUUUCGUCAUUCACCCCGUGUCCUUCCAUGUUCCCCUCCCUGUCCUGGGAAAGAGGAGAAUCACGAUUGGGUUGAUGACGGCGCCUAUAAUUGCCAUCGCAGUUCUCUGGGCAUCACAGUGCAUCGGCGCUACCCAAAUUCGUAACGGCAUAGUUGGAACAGAUGACGUGAAGCCGUACAAUAUCCUGAUUCUAUUUAUCUCGCUGGCAUACAUGGCUAUCACAUUGGACGUGACGGGGAUCCUCCAAGCCGCUGCAUUCUGGGUCAGCAACAAAGGCGGCUCGAACGGUCGCAAGCUCUACUUCUACUUCUAUCUUCUUCUAACCCUUGUCAGUAUGGUUGUGGGGAACGACCCCGUCAUCCUCUCUGGGACCGCUUUCCUCGUGUAUUACACUGCGGCUACUGGCCUUGAACCCAUCGCAUGGCUCAUCUCGGAGUUUGCGGCCGCAAACACAGCGAGUAUGGUGCUUUUUGUGGGCAACCCAACCAACGUCGUUAUUUGCGAAGGCUUCGGUGUCAAUAACGCAGCGUUUACUGCCUACACCAUUCUCCCAUUCUUGGCUUGUAGCGCCGCCUGUUACCUUGCCCUUAUGUUUCAAUUCCGUCGUGAAAAACAUGUCCCCUAUAAACUUAGCAGGACAGGAAAACUCGAUGUUCGUUCGGUGCUUAACGAUCCUGUCAGUGCUAUGUUCGGGGGUAUCUUGCUUCUGAUCUGCCUUAUUGUCAUCAUUGUCUUGUCCUUUUACCAUGUUGAUGUGUGGGAAGUUGUGUUACCCUUCGCCGUUGUCAAGUUCAUUUUUGAUCUUUGCUGGGAUCAUUAUCGCUAUAAGAGGCGCUCUGUUGUACAAGAAGCGCACAAGACCACGUCGGAGGAGGAUCCAAUGAACGCCGCUCUCGUCAGAGCCUUGACGAUGAGUGACAUUGAACAAAGCGGUACCUCAUCCCCGGCCAUUAUACCAAACACAAAUGCCGAAGCUUCCACCUCAGAAAACAGCUCAUCUACCCUUCACGAUGAAAACAAGAGACGGGGUCUCUUCCCUUCUCAACGAGCCAGGUUUAACUUUGCAUACAAAUCGCUCUCAGCGCAUUUCCCCACUUUUAUGACAGCUCUCCCAAGACUCCCCUUCGCCCUUAUACCAUUCGCCUUCUCCCAGUUUAUCCUCAUCGAAGCACUCUCACACCAGGGCUGGAUCGACGUCUUUGCCCAUUGGCUGGAAAAAGCCACCCAUGGUCACACCACGCCUACCAUUUGGGUCAUUGGCGUUCUUGGUGUGAUCAUGUGCAACGUAUCUGGCACCAAUAUUGGCGCUACUAUCCUUCUUACGAAAGUUGUGCGGGCUGCCGAACUAUCUAAUCAGAGCACCCGUGCGGCGGCCAUUGCGCUUGCCGUGGCCAGCAAUAUUGGUGCCGUCAGUUUCACAUUCUCAGCGAGUUUGGCGGGUUUGUUGUGGAAGUCAAUAUUAACCCAAAAGAAAAUACCAAUGAAGCAGAGAACAUUUGCUUUCUGGAAUAUGCUGCCUUUGCUGGCAAUGACUGGGAUCGGCUUGGCAAUUGUGACUGCAGAGAUGGCUAUUUUAUAUUAA